CGUAACUUAUCAGAUAAAAAUGACAGACGGGCUGCGGGAAGUGUGAAUGAGGUCAAUUGCUGCUUUUUGAUCGGUUGUCCCGCGUUUAAAACACCCUUGUGGACCCGCUAAUGUCGGUGGAGAAGCGGUGUUAAGUGUCCAGAGAAAGCCUCAGGUGUGGUGACACGCAGGAGGACUACACCUUCUGUGCUGUAGGUGUGGUUGCUCGCCGCACCCCCUGCCGGUGAUGGCCGGCUCAGCCCCCCCCCUCGGUACAGUCACGUGACACCCGCGGCAAGAAGCUGCAAACGGCUCUGACUGUGGAGCUGCGCGAGCCUCAUCAUCACCACCUCAACCGCCGCAAAGGAGCGAAGCGAGCCGACCGAGCAACCGGGGACUGUAACGAUUCGAGGAGCCGGGCGCCAUGGCGGGCCUCCGUUAAAACGACACACAGAUUUAUCCUCUUUGUUCUCCCUCGACGCCUCGUAGCCUUUACGCGCCUCCGCCGAGGAGGGGCCGCCGAGGAGAAGCUCUCCCUUUCCGAGCGAAGGAGGAGGCAGGAGUAGCAGCAGCAGCGGCGGCGGCGGAGGCAGCAGUCGGACCGGGGAGGUGUUUUCUGAGGUACGAGCCGAAUGGCGGACCGUGAGGCGUCGCCGAUACCGUUGGAGAUCCGAGCCCGGCUUGCGGAGCUGGAGCUGGAGCUGUCAGAGGGGGACAUCACUCAGAAGGGUUAUGAGAAGAAGAGGCACAAGCUGAUCAGGGCAUAUGUUCCACAUGCUGGAGGUAUGGAAGGGCCAAUGUCUCACCGGGCCCCACUCGGCCCUCCUUCCGCUGCCCGUUUCCACCGGCGGCGGACCUCCGGCACCAGAGACGAACGUUACCGAUCAGACGUCCACACCGAGGCGGUGCAGGCCGUGUUGGCGCGACAUGUGGAGAGGAAGGUGGCCGUGCCGAUGCCUUCCAAGAGGCGUUCACUGGUGGUGCAGACCUCCAUGGAUGCGUACACGCCACCAGGCCUGUCCCCCCUGUGCUCAGACUCGUCGUCGGGCUCAGAGGAGGAGGCGGGGCCAGGUGACGACAUGUCGGGCAUGGAGCACUGGAUGAGCCGCCCUUCCCAGCUAGGCCCCGCCCACCUGGGCUCCACCUCCUCCUCCUCCUCGUCCACCCAGAGCGGAGGCAGCGGCAACGCUGGGCGGCUGGCUGACUCGCUGGCGCACACGCACAUCUCGCACCUGGCGCACACACACCUGGCGCACACGCACCUGGGCCAGUCGCACCACCAGCAGAGCCACCUGUCGCAGUCCCACCACGGAAUCGGCCACCUGUCUCUGAAGAGGAAGGGAGCUCUGAGUGUUGCAGAGAACGGAGGAUCUCUGCGACGUUCCUGCGAGUUUGGAUCUGACAUGUUGUGGCCACCACCGCUGGAGUCAGACGAGAACCACUCUGCCCCCCCGGAUGUGACGGGCUACUCAUCGGACUCGUCCCACUCCCACACCGAGCGUCACCACAUGGCCAACAUGGGAACCAUCGCCAGGAACACGCAGAAGUACGGCAAUGCGGAGCGCAUGGAGACGGGCGAUGGUGUUCCAGUCAGCAGUCGCGUGUCAGCUAAAAUCCAGCAGCUCGUGAACACGCUGAAGCAGCCUCGCAGACCUCCACUACGAGAGUUCUUUGUCGAUGACUUUGACGAACUUCUGGAGGUCCAGCAGCCGGACCCGAACCAGCCCCGGCCCGAGGGGGCGGAGAUGAUGCCAGUGCGGGGCGAGGCGCUGGGGGUGGUCACCAACUGGCCGCCGUCACUGGAGGCUGCGCUCCAACGCUGGGGAACCAUCUCCCCCAAAGCCCCCUGCCUCACCAGUCUGGACACGGCAGGGAAGCCCCUCUACGUCCUCACAUACGGAAAGCUGUGGUCUCGCAGCAUCAAGCUCGCCUACAACAUCCUCCACAAACUGGGCAGCAAGCAGGAGCCCAUGGUGCGACCGGGUGAUCGGGUGGCGUUGGUGUUUCCUAACAACGACCCUGUGGCCUUCAUGGUGGCCUUCUACGGCUGUCUGCUGGCUGAGGUGGUUCCCGUUCCUAUAGAGGUCCCCCUGAGUCGCAAGGAUGCCGGCAGCCAGCAGAUUGGAUUCCUAUUGGGCAGCUGUGGCGUUACCGUGGCGCUGACCAGCGAUGCCUGCCACAAGGGUCUGCCCAAGAGUGCAACAGGAGAGAUCCCACAGUUCAAAGGUUGGCCCAAGCUGCUGUGGUUUGUUACAGAGUCGAAGCACCUUUCCAAACCUCCCAGAGACUGGUUCCCUCACAUCAAAGAUGCAAACAACGACACUGCUUACAUCGAGUAUAAAACCUGUAAGGACGGCAGCGUUCUGGGCGUCACGGUGACCAGGAUCGCUCUGCUCACACACUGCCAGGCUCUCACCCAGUCCUGCAGCUACACCGAGGCCGAGACCAUAGUGAACGUCCUGGACUUUAAGAAGGAUGUGGGCUUGUGGCACGGCAUCCUGACGAGUGUGAUGAAUAUGAUGCACGUGAUCAGCGUCCCCUACUCGCUGAUGAAGGUCAACCCUCUGUCAUGGAUCCAGAAAGUCUGCCAGUACAAAGCCAAGGUGGCGUGUGUGAAGUCCAGAGACAUGCACUGGGCUCUGGUGGCCCACAAAGACCAGAAGGACAUCAACCUGAGCUCACUGCGCAUGCUGCUGGUGGCCGACGGAUCAAACCCCUGGUCCAUCUCCUCCUGCGACGCCUUCCUCAACGUCUUUCAGACUAAAGGCCUGCGAGCCGACGUCAUCUGUCCCUGCGCCAGCUCCCCCGAGGCCCUGACUGUGGCCAUCAGGAGGCCGGUGGAGGACAGCAGUCAGCCUCCAGGUCGAGGCGUCCUGUCCAUGCAGGGUCUGACGUACGGCGUCGUCAGGGUCGACACGGAGGAGCGUCUGUCCGUGCUCACCGUGCAGGACGUCGGGACCGUCGCACCAGGAGGCCUGGCAUGUGUGGUGAAACCAGAAGGCGUCCCUCAGCUCUGUCAGACCGAUGAGAUCGGUGAGCUCUGCGUCUGCUCCAUCGCCACCGGCACCUCCUACUACGGCCUCACCGGCAUGACCAAGAACACCUUUGAGGUUUACCCGGUGAGUGCCAGCGGCGGGCUGGUCAGCGAGUACGCCUUCGUGCGGACCGGCCUGCUCGGCUUCAUCGGCCCCGGCGGCCUCGUCUUCAUCACCGGUAAGAUGGACGGACUCAUCAUGGUGAGCGGGCGGAGGCACAACGCCGACGACAUCGUCGCCACUGCGCUGGCGGUGGAGCCAAUGAAAUUCGUCUACAGGGGCAGGAUAGCCGUGUUCUCUGUGACGGUGCUGAGGGACGAGAGGAUCGUGGUGGUGGCCGAGCAGCGACCCGACUCCACCGAGGAGGACAGCUUCCAGUGGAUGAGCCGCGUGCUGCAGGCCAUCGACAGUAUCCACGGUGUGGGUGUGUUCUGCCUGGCUCUGGUCCCGGCCAACACUCUGCCCAAGACUCCUCUGGGCGGCAUUCACCUGUCAGAGAUCAAGCAGCUGUACCUGGAGGGGGGGCUGCACCCCUGCAACGUGCUCAUGUGCCCCCACACCUGCGUCACCAACCUGCCCAAACCCCGGCAGAAACAACCAGAGAUCGGACCUGCCUCUGUGAUGGUGGGGAAUCUGGUGUCAGGGAAGAGGAUCGCUCAGGCCAGCGGCAGAGACCUGGGACAGACUGACGACAACGACCAGUUCUUGUUCCUGUCGGAGGUUUUGCAGUGGCGAGCUCAGACCACACCAGACCACGUCCUCUACACCCUGCUCAGCUCCCGGGGGGCGGUGUCCAGCUCCCUCACCUGCCUGCAGCUCCAUAAGAGGGCGGAGCGAGUGGCGGCCCUGCUGAUGGAGAGAGGAGGUCUGCAGGAAGGAGACCACGUCGCUCUGGUCUACCCACCAGGUAUUGACCUGAUCGCAGCCUUCUACGGCAGCCUGUACGCCGGCUGCGUCCCCAUCACGGUGCGACCGCCUCACCCUCAGAACAUCUCCACCACGCUGCCCACCGUCAAGAUGAUCGUCGAGGUCAGUCACUCGGCCUGUGUGAUGACCACGGCGGUCAUCUGUAAGCUGCUGCGCUCCAAGGAGGCCACGGCCACUGUGGACAUCCGGAACUGGCCUCCUGUCCUCGACACGGAUGACCUGCCAAAGAAGAAGCCUCCAGCUCUCUAUAAGCCCACCAACCCUGACGGUCUGGCCUAUCUGGACUUCAGUGUGUCGACGACCGGCAUGCUGGCCGGAGUUCAGAUGUCCCAUAAUGCAGUUGGGGCCUUCUGCCGGUCGGUGAAGCUGCAGUGUGAGCUGUACCCGUCCAGAGAAGUGGCCAUCUGUCUGGAUCCCUACUGCGGCCUCGGCUUCGUCCUCUGGUGUCUCUGCAGUGUGUACUCAGGCCACCAGUCCAUCCUGAUUCCCCCGGUGGAGCUGGAGUCCAACCCGGCGCUGUGGCUGCUGGCCGUCAGCCAGCUGAGGGUGCGAGACACCUUCUGCUCCUACAGCGUCAUGGAGCUGUGCACCAAAGGACUCGGGCUGCAGACCGAAGCGCUCAAGGCUCGGGGUCUGGAUCUGUCCCGAGUUCGGGCCUGCGUCGUGGUGGCGGAGGAGAGGCCCAGGAUGUCGCUCACGCACUCCUUCUCGAAGCUCUUCAAAGACCUCGGCCUCCAUCCACGAUCUGUCAGCACGGCCUUCGGCUGCAGGGUCAACCUGGCCAUCUGCCUGCAGGGCACUUCAGGACCGGACCCCACGACGGUGUACGUGGACAUGAGAGCGCUGCGACAUGACAGGGUUCGGCUGGUGGAGAGAGGCUCUCCUCACAGUCUGCCGCUGAUGGAGUCCGGCAAGAUCUUACCCGGAGUUCGCAUCAUCAUCGCCAACCCGGAGACCAAAGGACCGCUGGGAGACUCGCAUCUCGGAGAGAUUUGGGUGCACAGCGCUCACAACGGCAGCGGUUACUACAGCGGAUACGGCGAGGAGGUCCUCCAGUCCGAUCACUUCAACUCCAGACUCAGUUUUGGAGACACUCAGACCGUCUGGGCCAGGACGGGUUACCUGGGCUUCCUCCGCCGCACUGAGCUCACCGACGCCAACGGAGAGAGACACGACGCUCUGUUCGUGGUGGGAGCUCUGGAGGAGGCCAUGGAGCUGAGGGGGAUGAGGUACCAUCCCAUCGACAUCGAGACCUCCGUCAUCCGAGCACACAAAAGCAUCAUGGAGUGCGCGGUCUUCCCCUGGACCAACCUGCUGGUGGUGGUGGUGGAGCUGGAGGGCUCCGAGCAGGAGGCCCUGGACCUGGUUCCCAUGGUGACCAAGGCGGUGCUGGAGGAGCACUACCUGAUCGUUGGCGUCGUCGUGGUGACGGACAUCGGCGUCAUCCCCAUCAACUCCCGCGGCGAGAAACAGCGCAUGCACCUCCGCGACGGCUUCUUACAAGACCAGCUAGACCCCAUCUACGUGGCCUACAACAUGUAGCCUGAGUGUGUGUGUGUGUGUGUGUGUGUGUGUGUGUGUGUGAGAGAGAGAGAGAGAGAGAGAGAGCUAGCAUGCGUUUGUAUGCCGUGCAUAUCGCCGUUGUUGUUCAUUUAUUUCCCCAAAAAUCAAGAUGUACUGUAUUUUUGAACCUGCAUAUGUUGUGGUCUUAAAUCGUCCGUUUUCUUUCAAGUCGUGUUGUGCUGGUUGGUUGAUUGAUUGGCUGUUUGACUGACUGACUGACUGACUGAUCGAUUGAUUGAUUGAUAUGCUCUGUGGUGGUACGAUCAUUUUUACACCCCCGUUCAAUCUCGUGACCGUGACCCGGAGCUCGUCACUGUAGAAAGCCUUAGGGGAACACUGUGUCCGGGGCGCCGCGCCGCCUGUCGAUAUUCUGAGGUCAAAGUAGAGAGAGAGAGAGAAAAUACUAGAGACUGUAUCUGUCAUCAUGUUUCACUGGUGGAAUCAAAAGAAAUCCCAGAUUCGUGGUAUUAUUAUAAUUUCAAUUAGAACAGGGGCAGCCAGAUUCAUGUAAAAAUAUAAAUAUUGUACAUAGACAUAAUAAUCUAUAUGGAGAGGUACCUAAAACACAAUGAGGUGUAGUAGCCCCUAUAUGCAGCUCUCUCCACCUGCACCCUGUAUGUGUGUGUGUGUGUGUGUGUGUGUGUGAGCGCAGAGUGUGUGUGUGUGUGUGUGUGUUCAUCCGUCCGUGUUGGUGUGCGACAGGGACGUCUUGCGCAGUUUUAAUGUGAUUCACGCAGCAGAUUUUUUUUUAUCUCUAGACGAGCGAGUAAGAACACGCCGAGAAAAAAAACCAAACUUUUUAUGUGUUUUUCAGCAGCUCCAAACGUUUUUUUAGUUUUCAAAGAUCGAGGAGGUCUCAAGGCGUAAAUCACCACAGCUUCAACAACAACGUGGUUGAUUUGAUGCUCAGUAAUUAGUCAGUUUUCAUCGCACCAAACAAUCCUGCAGUUACAUUAGUGACGAAUGACUCGCCGUAAACUUCAGUUUAUUCAGUCUCAAAGCAAAGUGCACUGUGUGAAUAUAGAAGAGGGAAUAUUGCUGUUAUUUAAAGGGAACUGAGACUCAACAGCCAUUUAUUUAUUCUAGAUUAUUUAUUGUAAUCAGAGAGUGAAAGGGAGGCCAUAUCUGACUCUGUCAGUCUGUCACAUUGUGAAUCCAGAUCAGUCUGGAGGCUGCUGGGAUGAAGAGGGAGCUGUCGAUAAAGUUUACAGGAAAAAAGCUCAUAUUGUAGCAAUAAUGCCAAAAAAGGAAGUUCUUCGCUGCAGGGAAACGAGUUCCUACCAGACUUCAAACUAACAUGUUCGUCAGAGUUUAACUUUCGGCCCCGUAACUAGUUUAAUAUCACUAAAACUGUUGAAUAAUCGCCGUCUUUAAGAUGUUUUCUGGAGGAAUUUUCACCUUCACUGCACAGUAUGACGGUGAAGAGACAGACAGGAAAAGUCUCAGAAAAGGAAUAUAUUCAGAUUUUGUAUUAAUCAGUCCGUCAGCAUCCUGUGACCACUCCCUGCUCUCUAUAUGAAUAAACCUGUGCAUCACUGGGACAAAUGAUGUUAAUUACACACAAAAAAAAGAACAAACUUCAUGUAGAACAUUUGCCGAAUUUACAAGAAGGCCCAAAUAAUUAAGGAUUUCUCAGAGGCAGCGUUUCACAGAGUUUAUAAAGUUCCUCUUAACUCAACAAGUUACUAAACUGGCUGAUUUUUAAAGGGAGUCUGGUGACCUAUAUCUGAAGUAGCCUAUAUUAGUUACUUUUCCUGUAUUUGUAAAAAUUUGACAUGUUCAGCGUCAAUAAAAUUCUCUUCUUACAUUAAUUGAGUGUAAAUGGUGAAAUCAGUGUAAACAGUGUGUUUGAACAGCUGCUAAAUGUUGGCAGGUAAGACGCACAAGAUGCACUUUUUACAAGAAAACAAAAAACUUCAUGUUUUAAAUUUAAUGCCAAAUUUACAAAAGGGCACUACUGAUUCUGAAUUUGUUAAUUUUGCCUGUUCACAACGUUUUUCAGGUGUCUCCUCAUAAAGCAACUCUCAAAAUUGAGUGAUUUGUUAAGGGAGUCUGGGGGCAUACUGCAGUAUGAGAUCGGCUGAAACAGACAUUGAUUUCUGGUCGUUUUUUAAACAGAGAGAAGAAGAAUUCAACUGAAACCUGACAGACACAACGUCUCCAAGGUCUCACCAUCAAAAGCAGUCCAUUUAUUAAGACCGUCUAAAAACAGGAGAUGACAUUUAAGUGCUUAACAAAUCUGUCUGUGCAGCAAAAUCUGCUUCAUCUCUGCAGCCGACCAGACAAACUUUAGAUACUUAUCUGGAGAUUUACACCUGAACAGUCACUGUGGGAAAAUGAAAAUGAUAAAAGCAACCAUUUGGCAGCAGGAAUGUUUUUAGAAGCUGUGAUUGAUUUGACUCCAUCUGUUCGGAACCAAAUCCCAGUUCAAAAACUGCUUAUUUUAUUGUUUUUGACAGAGUCCUCAGUGAAGAACGUCCUCUGAGCUUCGGUACAUCAGUCACCACCUCAUGUGCACUGACUCGAGCGAUUCAGCAGAUUUAUUAAGAAGAUACGUAAUUACAGAUGAAUAUUUAACUUUUAAAAAAGGGACAGUGUUUCCUGAACGCAGGUGUGACGUAUGGAAGUAAUGUUUCACCUGUGAGCCUGCAGGUGACUCAGAAACUUUAACUCAGAGUGUCGACGUUAUUUAGAAUAAUUCAGCAUCAUGUGUUUACAUGGAUAUGUGAUGACAUCAUCUCAUCGUUUCUUCUUCUCCUCUGUUUGUUUGUUCGUCUCAUCGUCUCUUAUCCUGUUUUUUUAUCAGAAGAAAAGAAAAACUUUAUGCAUAUCAGAAGUUGCUUAGCGCUUGUUUGGCUAACAGUUUGGGUUUGUGGGUAGCAGCGUAGCGGUCAUGUUUCAGUCCCUGUGUGUGUGUGUGUGUGUGUGUGUGUGUGUGUGUGUGUGUGUGUGUGUGUGUGAGAGAGUGUGUGUGUGUGUGGAGGAUGUUCAAUAAGAAGGAAAAUCCCAUCAUAAACCCGGAGAACUCGUCUGUGUGUUCAGGGCCGGAUGGGAGAGAGACUGCAUGGUGUGUGUGUGUGUGUGUGUGUGUGUGUGUGUGUGUGUGUGUGAUUGCACGUGUGUGUGUUAGGUGUGUGUGUAUGUGUGUGUGUAUAUUGUAUGUAAAUAGUGUUGAUUUUGUACGGUACAAGUGUGUGUGACUUGUUUUGUACACAUGAUAAAAAGAUUAAAUGACACUUUUAUAAGAGCCUGCUAUUGGCUCACCGUCACACUAUACAGUGCAAUAAAGUGCUUUGAUUGGCUAAAA